AUGUCGCCUCCAUUUGCACCCACCCCCUCCGGAUUCUCCGUUGAUUACUCCACCAACAGUGCCCCCAGAUCCAUCAACACCCCUACUCAGGAACCAACUCCUAGAGAGGCAUGAUACAACGAAACCCUAACGUCUGGAGCUGAAACAAUCUGAAUCACCUAGCCCUCCCCACGCUACCCCGCAGCCCGCCCCAAAUCUGGCACCGAUUCCAGCAAACGCCAGACGAAUUUACCGACAGGAGAAAAAUACAGAGAAGAUCCCGGCACAAUCAAAUCUCGUACGGAGGAAGAAAAAAAAGAAAAACGCCGCCACCUACACCGCCUCCUCUUCUGCUGGCUCUCUUUUCUCCGCCCUCUCUUUCUCUAGAAACCCUCCCCACUCCCGUAUUGCACUCUGAGAUAGCUUUUUGUUGUCUUUCUGGACGAUCUCCGAAGGGAGAGAGAGGGAGAGAAACUAGCGCCUAG